AAUGAUCUGCACCAUUUUUUAAUCCUUGAGGUAUAUCAGUGGUAAUGUUUUCCCUGGCACACGGUUUACCUCAUGGAUCGAUUAUGAUCGCUUAUCUGUAAAUAACUGUUCAUUUUUACGAGGAAUACUUAGUUAUCCUUUGAUUACCUAGGUUAACACCGUGAAAAUUCAGCGUGUCCCUGGGAAAAAGAUGGAAACAAAACGUCUGUUUGUUGGAGGGCUCUACAGUGGUAUCAAAGAGGUUGAUUUACGGUAUGUUGUACUUUAAACCUUUCCUUAAAUGCUUGAGGAUACAGUGUCCUAAAAAUUAACGUUUAAACGUUAACUCCAAGAUCUGAAACUUUAAAUUCUCCCCUUUAACUGCUACACAUUUCAUAGUAAAUUGAUGAAGAGAAUUUGAUGUUAGAUCAAGAUAGCAAUUGCUAGCUGGUAAGUUUGAAAAUUCUCAUGAGUUGUUUGCUGGAUAAUGAAUGGAUAACAUAGGAAGAAAAUGCAUGUUAAUCACCUUUGAGAGUUAAAGGGCUAAAAUGGUGCUUUGACUUCCCAUGAAGGACCUCCUUUAGUUCACUAAUAUUUCAAUGUUUUAAAUUCUUCUCUCAUUGGCUAACAUGUGCUAGAUGUUAUAAACACUGGUAUAUGAAAUUCUUAGCCACACUAAGCCGUCUACAUAUUAUAAUUAUCCUUUAAUGCAACAUUUCAGAGAUCGCUUCAAUACUUUUGGUACUGUAUCAUCAGUUGAAGUUAUACAAAGAGCAGAUGAAAAUGGUAUGUAAAUGAAUCUUUUGUAUUUCUAUUGCUGAAUUAUGGGAGAUCUUGCAGCAUGUGUCUCACCUUGUCAUAACCGUUUCACCCCCAAGAGCGAGUAGCUUCCAAUUUCUCCUUUGCAAUUAUCACCCCUGAAUCACAAGGGUUAAGGUCACAAGAAUAAAGGAAUGCUCACCAACUAAAGAAGAGCUAAGUUGUUCAGCAAACUCUCCUUGUCAACACCUUAGUAAAUGUAUAGAGAACAGUAUUUAGAAUAUGAACACUGAUGUUAGUGUGUAAAAAGAAAAUUAAUUGUUAACCCACCAAGGCAGAAACAUUUGGUUAUGACAUCAGCACACAGUACAUGUUUGUCCUUCUGUGCAGAGCUCAGCUUUAAAACCUGCCAAUAUCUUCCCUUUGAAUAUCCUUACUCAUAUUUUGUUUUGUCAACAUUUAUUUAAUGCAGUUUAAUGCAAUUUCACAGAGUUAACAAUAAAGAGCAUCAGCAUUUUCUAGUAGUCAGCACUUUUUUGCAUAUGCACAUGCAUCAGAAUUCCAUGUACUCUUCAUUUGAGGGGUUCUUGUAUUUGUUUUGAACAUGAACUUGCAGCAUUGUGAGGAGAGGCAGCUCAUGGGCUGGGCAGUUUUCCCCACCCCUUCCCUCCCUCUUCCAUUGUUUAUUCAGUGUGACAGGUGCCUGUUUCCCUUUCCUGUGUGGGGGCUCAUGGCUGAGUUGCCAGGCUUUGCCAGCCAUGGGAGAAGUCUCCAUCUAGGAGCUGGCUGCCAAUACUGGAAGCUCCUGGAUGUUUCAGGCACCCAACCUCCACUUACUGGUGCAGUUGUCAAUUUAUUGUUUUGUGGUCUUUUUUUAUUUAAUCCAGAAACUUAUUUUUCAAAACAAUUUUCAAAUCUUAAUGCAUAGUAUCUAGUAUUUAAAGUUUAAGUUUAUGAGUAAUUAUUUUACAAGUUUUCCAAAUCUUUUAGUAUAUCAUCUUCUAUUGAUUGAUUUAGGUUGCACAACCAAAACAUUUGCAUAUAUUGACAUUUUGCAAACAGAGAAAGAUUUCAGAAGAUGUGAGUAUAGAAUUUCUUUUGUAUUUACUAUCAGCUAUUUCUUGUUGAAAUCAAGCAAUACUUUGCAUCGUGUAUAGUUGGAUAGCUACUUGAGCCAUAUUUAGAAAACUUGAGGUUGAAAUAGAGAGACUCUAAUACACAUGUAUCUCAGUUUGUUUCUUCUCUCAAACUGACUUUGACUUAUUGAUAAGGCUUUAACCCUUAAGCUCCUAUGAGUGACUAAGACAGAACUUCUUGAAAUAUCAAUACAAUAUCAAGCAGAUAAGUGAUGAGAAUAAAGAAAAAAUCUUAACUUGUAGUUGAUCUAAUACCAAAUUCUCCAAACUAAAAUCACAAGAACUGUAUGGCAGACAGUAAGGAGAAUUACUGAUGAGAUCUUGGGAGUUAACAGGUUAAGAGCAAUAAAGACAAUCUCCCGUUAAUUUCCUCAUGUUUUAGAAAGAGAAAAGUGUUAUUGGAAAUUUUUUCUUUUUGAAUGAUAACUUUACAGAUUUUAAAUUUCAUACAUGUAGAGAAUGAACCUAAAUCGAUGAACUGAACACGUAUUUUCACCCCUAUGUUAACUGUGCAUUGUAUGUCUACUUGUAUCAUCUGGCAACCAGUACAAUAAUCAAAAACUGUACCAACCCUGAGCAUACCACCCAGCAAUUAUUGUUCGACAGAAGUUGUUUAAAUUUAUUUCUUCCCUUACUCCCUCUCCUUUUGCUUCAUAUGAAGGUGUUUCACUCCUGUCAAACUCAAAGUGGAGGGGCUGCUGUUUGAAGAUUCAGCCUGCCAAAGAAAGUUUUCUCACAAGGUUUGUUAGUACAUUUUUAAUAAACGAGGCAUUUUUAACCCUAUAGAUGGGUGUAUAAUUUUUGAGGCUGUGAAAUGACGUUGUACUGUACGUAAUCACAGAAUAAGAAAAUGUGAGUGGUGUUGGGAGGCACACAUGUAAUAGCUCUAUUUUGAGUCAGAGUGGGUUAUAAACAUUCCGAAAAAUAUUUUCUUCUUCAUGCCUGAUAUACCGACAGUAAAUGAGAUAUUAAUGCCGUUUGUGUUUUAUUCAAGCACGUUUACCAUCCAGUUGUGAAUAAAAAUUGUGUCCCUUUUCAGAAGUGCACUGUAUAUAUAUUUUUUUUAAUUAAAGGCUACAAAGAGAGAGACAGCAGCAGGCCCAGGCUAAUGUUGUAUCACCCUUGCAUGAAGAAACCAAACAAUAUUCGCUAAAAGGAAUGAUAGCACAUCGUGAGGGGGACUCCGAAAUUCAAAAUUCCAUUCCUGAAACACUUCCAAAGGCUGUUCCUGGUACACCUCUUCCAGGAAAGAAGAAUUGGGUGGUUGGAAAAUUUGGACGUGUCUUACCAGUCAUGUAUUUGAGGCGUAGGGAUAGGAAAAAGAUUGCAAAGUUCGAUCCAAGUAAAACAACACAUUGCUUGAAGAAAAUUAAAUCCUGA